AUGGAGAACAACACAGUAGUUACGCAGCCCUUGGGGGUGUUGGUUGACGAAAAGAACAUUCCUACCAACUCGACUGAGACGAACAAGACUAUCCUGACUUUCAAUGCCAACGAUCCAGAGAAUCCAUACAAUUGGUCAAGUAGAAAGAAGCUAUUCAUAGUUUUCACCGCCACAAUGCUUCUCUUCAAUGGCACUCUCGCAUCAUCUCUACCCGCCAACGUCACUGCCCCCAUGAGUGCCGAUUAUGGCAUAGAUAACACUCAAGGCAACCCCCAAUUAGCCCUCCCCAUCUCUCUAUUCCUAGUUGGAUAUCUGUUCGGCCCAUUAGUCUUUGGACCCUUGUCAGAGCUUCAAGGUCGACAAUACGUUGUGCAAGCUGCUUUUGCUGGAUACACCAUUUUCACACUCGCCUGCGCUCUAGCACCAAACUGGGCGUCGAUGCUCGUAUUUCGACUCAUGUCCGGCAUCUUUGCCAGCGCACCUACAGUUGUUGGCGGUGGUAUGAUGGCGGAUAUCUACAGCGACUUGACUACACGAGGUCGAGCCUUUACGUGUUUCUUUGCUGUGAGUAUCUGCGGACCUCUCAUUGCUCCAACGAUAGCAGGCUACGUUUCGGAAGUUUCGUGGAGAUGGGCGUUUUGGGUUGGUCUGAUCGUCGCGGGUGUGACUUUCCUGCCAUUGGUGUUUCUACCAGAGACAUUUGGACCUACCAUCCUGGAGCGACGAGCAAAGAAGAUACGAAAAGAAGCCCAGACCACAGGAAACGGCAAUGUCGAAACUUAUGCUGCGAUUGAACUUGAAGCGAAAGGUUGGAAGAACAUGAUGAGUGUUGUUCUGGUCCGUCCUGUCAAGAUGCUUUUCACCGAGCUUAUCGUGGCUGCAUCAAGUUUAUACAUCGCCUUGGCAUACAGUAUCUACUACAUGUUCUUCCAGACCUAUCCCAUAGUGUUCAAGGGCAUAUACGUGGCCACAAUACGCCGUUUCACUGUCAGUGGAUUCUCGCAUAACAAGAACCCGUUCAUCUUAUUGCUCAGCUCCUAA